AUGAAAACAGGCAUACCUCAGGGUUCUGGUUUAGGCCCAUUGUUAUUUUUAAUUUACAUCAAUGAUUUACCAAAAUGUCUAAACGUCUGGACAAAACCAGAUAUGUUUGCGGAUGAUAUCCAAAUUGCAACAUCAAGUAACGAUAUCAAAGUAAUCACUGAAACAUUAAAUAGAGAUUUAAACAAUGUUGCAAAUUGGCUGUCCGCAAACAAAUUAACUAUGAACAACAGCAAAACCGAAUAUAUGAUAAUUGGUUCCAAGAAAAGGCUUAGUCAAGUGACUGCCGAUCCUGCUAUCAGUGUAGGUAACUUAGAAAUUAAGAGAGUCUUGACUGGACCGCGCAGGUCAAACACAUUUCAAAAAAGGUCACCCCAGACCUUACUAUUCUCAGACGGGAUACAGUCGAAUUCAAUACCUUAA